UUAAAAGUAAAACAUACGAAAAAAAGGGUUUUAGAAUGGCUUCACAACAAGAGAGGAGAAGAGAGAAUACAACCCAAGAGAGGAAUGUGAAUGUAGAGAAAGAUCUUGUGCCUAAAAGAGCUACUCAAUUUGAAGAGCUUGCUUCUAAGGUAGCUGAUUCUGCUGUUGCUGCUGCUGCUUCUGUUGAUGCUGAUAGAAAAAGUGGCGGGGCUCGAAGCGCGACGGUGGUUAUUGGUGUGGGUCAGGCUGGUGGUGGUCAUGAAGGGAGGGAUGAUGCACAUUUUGAGUCUCUUUCUGAUAAGGUCGGGGUGACGGGCCAGGGUGGAGCGAGCCGGGUGCAACAAGGUGAAAGGCAUACGAGCCAUGGAACGGGGCAGGGGCAGGCGCAGCGAGGAGGGGGGAGGGAUACGAGCCAUGGAGUGUGGAAACCUACGCUGGCGCAGGCGAAAUCACAAGCGCAAGGGCAAGGGCAAGGACAAGGAGGAAGAGGCAUGGAAAGAAGUCAUGGUGAACAAGAGAAGACAGCGAUGCCGUCGUUGGAGGAGAUGACUAAUUAUAGACAAACUGCUCAACAAAACUCCAUUGAUGCUAUUCAAUCUGCUCAACAAAGGUAUGACAAAGCUAAACAACAGGGAGCAAGUACUGGUUGGGAAACCAAAGAAAAGGUUGGAGGAAUAGGACAAAAUCAGCAAGAACAUAAAUUAGGAGGCCAAGAAAGAAGCCAUGGUGCAGGAGGACAGCAAGGACCUACUUCUGUAGGGAAAUUUGAGAUGAAAGGAGAACAUAAGGGUAUGCAGGACACUUUGGGUAAACAAGGGGGACAACAUCAUCAACAAGAUAGGCCGUUGACGGAACAAGUUUCUACUUAUAGACAAACCACUCAAAAGGACUCCCUUGAUGCCCAAGAGUCCACGGAAGCAAGGUACAACAAAGCAAAAGAAGAGGCGGCGAAUGCAGCAUGGGAAGCGAAAGAAGCAGCAAAACAUGGCUUAGGAGCAGCAGCAGCUAAGACGUAUGAACUGGGCCUUACGGCCAAGGAGAGAGCCAGUGCUGGAGUUGGGGCAACGACCCAAUACAUAUCAGAGAAGUCACGUCCGAUGGCUGAAACAGCGUCUGAGACUGCGCAACAAGCCAAAGAAGCGCUGUCAUCUGCUGGCCAAAAGUCUGUGGAAUACACAAAAGAGACAGCAAAACAGACAGCCGAGUAUGCUGGCGAAAAGGCGGUGCAAGCCAAAGACACCACUGUGAGCACCACAAAGAGUGUAGCCGGCUACGUGGGACAGAAGGCUGUUGCGGUGGGUAAAACUGCGGCCGGGUUAGCAGGGAAGGUAGCCGAAGAGGUGAAAGAUCAAGCUGUCGUCGCUGGGUGGGGGGCGGCCCAUCUCACGUCAGAGGUUGCGGUUGGCGCUACGAAGAAAGCAGGAGGAGUGUUGGGGAUGGCUAAGGAUGUGGUUGCGAGCGCUGCUCAUAAAGCGACCGAGCUGGCUGAGGUUCCGGUGGUUAUGGCACGAGACGCAGCUGUUGACACUGGAGAAAAGCUUGCGGAUUAUACGGCUAGAAAGAAAAUGGAGGCUGAAAGAUACCGAGAAGAGAAACAUGUGCAGUAUGAUACGGGCGAGUAUGGAGAGAAUCAGCCAACAGCAGGUGAAGGGGUUGUAGAGAAGUUGAAGGAGAGUUUGCCGGGCGGACGAACUACACAGACGCAAGGUAGCGAUAGAACGGGAGAGGGGACUCGAACAGGCGAGAUGAUGGAAAAAGGAGGAAGUGUGUUAGGAGCGAUAGGCGAAACGGUUGUGGAGAUAGCUCAGAGCACGGCAAAUCUGCCGUCUAAAAUCCAGGAAGGAGCCGGGAAACUUACUGACAAAGGAAGGGAAAUGAUGGGGAGUAUGCCUAGUGGGGGAGAAGUCGUGGGGAAUUUACAGAAGGGAACGGAAACGCUCAAACAGAAAACUAUGAACACGAUGGCAGAAGGGGCGGAGACGGGGGAGAUAAUGAUCGAGAAAGGAGAAGGUGUGCUCGGAGCGAUUGGCGAAACAAUAGUCGAGAUUGCGCAACACACGACUAAUCUCGUUGCCGGGCCUGGACAGGGGCAAGCGGGCCCGAGGCCGCAAGAUGAAGUAAAGGAGAAGGUAGAACUUAAAGGUAGCAGCAAUGUUUAUGGUUAAUGGUAGACUUCAUAUGUUUUACGGUGGUUUUUGGCAAGUAAAGUUUGAGGUGAAGUGUGAAGUAGUUUGCAGUUAAUAAAUGUUUAAUAUUUUGGUUGUGUAUGUGAAUGUAUUCUAGUUUUUAGCACAUGUAUUUGUAAGGUUUUGUGUACCUCAAACUCUCUCUUUGGUGUUCAUAUAAGUUGGGAAACUCUUUUUACCUUCCAACUUCUACAUAUUUGAAUUUUCGUGAUCUAUAAUUAAUUUUAGUUUCCAAAAAUGAUCUAUAGUAAUUUCAAUAUUUAUCAAAUGGCUUUUGACUGAAAUUGUUAACUUAUAUUUGUCGAUAGGAGUAUUUGGUUUGUCAACAAAAGGAGGAUGAAUAGUCAAUUCAAUCCUAGGUGUGUGUAUAUGUAUUCUAUACUCUAUCCUAUUCACGUUCAAACAAGAUCUUAUUUAAUUUAUUUUUAAUGUAAAUUGAUCUU